GAAGAUGCGGAACCGAGAGAAGGACGACAGCGGGCACACAAGCAGGCGGUCGGUUAAAGGGGCAGGACCAGACAUUGUCGUAGCCCUGCAUUCUCUUCACAAUUCCAUCAAUCCCUGGUUCCACACUCAAUUCAUCACCUGGGCGAGAGCAAAGACAGUGAAAGGCUGUAAACAUGGCGCAGCCAGACAGCAAGAAGGUCUUCUUUGAGAACCUGACGGGCGCGGGGAAAGCCAUCGCGGUGCUGACGAGUGGCGGGGAUGCUCAAGGGAUGAAUGCUGCGGUGCGUGCAGUCGUCCGAAUGGGAAUAUACGUCGGGGCAAAGGUCUACUUCAUCCGUGAGGGCUAUCAAGGGAUGGUGGAUGGAGGAGAAGACAACAUUAAGGAGGCCACAUGGGAGAGCGUCUCCAGCAUGCUACAAGUGGGGGGCACCGUCAUCGGCAGCGCCCGAUGCAAGGAGUUCCGCUCGCACGAGGGCCGCCUGAGGGCCGCCCACCACCUGGUGGAGAAGGGCAUCACCAACCUGUGUGUGAUCGGGGGGGACGGCAGUCUCACGGGGGCCAACCUGUUCAGGGAGGAGUGGAGCGGGCUGCUGGCCGAGCUGGUGGAGCAAGGCCUGAUCAGCCAGGACUCGUCCCAGAAGCACUCGGCCCUCCACAUCGUGGGCAUGGUGGGCUCCAUCGACAACGACUUCUGCGGCACGGACAUGACCAUCGGCACAGACUCGGCCCUGCACCGCAUCAUCGAGGUGGUGGACGCCAUCAUGACCACUGCCCAGAGUCACCAGAGGACGUUUGUGUUGGAGGUCAUGGGACGGCACUGUGGGUACCUGGCCCUGGUGAGCGCGCUGGCCUGUGGAGCGGACUGGGUGCUGAUCCCUGAGAUGCCCCCUGAGGACGGCUGGGAGGACAAGAUGUGUCAGAAGCUGUCUGCGACCCGUUCCAGGGGCACAAGGCUGAACAUUAUCAUAGUGGCUGAGGGAGCCAUUGACAGGCACGGGAAGCCCAUUACCUCUAGCAUUGUGAAGGACCUUGUUGUCAAAUGCUUGGGCUUCGACACUCGCGUGACCAUCCUCGGUCAUGUCCAGAGGGGAGGCACGCCGUCCGCCUUCGACCGCAUCCUGGCCAGUCGUAUGGGUGUGGAGGCAGUGAUGGCGCUGCUGGAGACGACCGCCAACACCCCAGCCUGCGUGGUCUCCCUCUGUGGAAACCAGUCGGUGCGUCUGCCUCUGAUGGAGUGUGUGCAGAUGACUCAGGAAGUACAGAAGGCCAUGGACGAGAAGAAGUUUGAAGAGGCAGUGAAGCUUCGCGGCAGGAGUUUUGAAAACAACCUGCGGACCUACAAGCUACUGGCCCAUCGUAAACCAGAGUCUGAGCUGCCCGUUAGCAACUUCAACGUGGCCAUCCUGAACGUGGGGGCACCGGCGGCCGGCAUGAACGCGGCCGUGCGCUCCGCCGUCAGGGUGGGCAUCUCCGAGGGACACAAGAUGUUCGCCGUCAGCGACGGCUUCGAGGGGCUCUACAAGGGACAGAUCAAGGAGAUCAAGUGGGCCGACGUAGGUGGAUGGACCGGUCAAGGUGGAUCUUUGCUGGGUACCAAGCGCACGCUCCCAGCGAAACACGUUGACAAAAUUGCCGAGCAGAUGCGACUGCAUAACAUAAACGCACUGCUUGUUAUCGGGGGAUUUGAGGCCUACCUGUCGCUGCUGGAGUUGCAAGAGGCGCGCGGGACUCACGAGGAGUUCUGUGUGCCCAUGAUCAUGGUGCCGGCCACCGUCUCCAACAAUGUGCCGGGCUCUGACCUCAGUGUGGGCGCCGACACCGCCCUGAACGCCAUCACUUCAACUUGUGACCGCAUCAAGCAGUCUGCCAGCGGAACCAAGAGGCGCGUGUUUAUCAUUGAGACCAUGGGGGGUUACUGCGGCUAUCUGGCCAGCGUGGGCGGGCUGGCCGCAGGCGCCGACGCCGCCUACAUCUACGAAGAACCCUUCGACAUCAGAGACCUGCAGUCCAACGUGGAACAUUUAACAGAGAAGAUGAAGACCAGUAUCCAGAGAGGCCUAGUCCUCAGAAACGAGAACAGUAAUGAAAACUACACAACAGACUUCAUCUACCAGCUGUACUCUGAAGAAGGCAGGGGGGUGUUUGACUGCAGGAAGAACGUACUGGGACACAUGCAGCAGGGAGGGGCACCGUCUCCGUUCGACCGCAACUUUGGGACCAAGAUCUCGGCCAAGGCCAUGCAGUGGAUCACCAAGAAGCUGACGGAGACGUUCAGACAAGACGAAGGCCGGGUGUUUGCCAACACGGAGGACUCGUGCUGCCUGCUGGGGAUGCGCCGCAGGAACCUGGUCUUCCAGCCCGUGGUGCAGCUCAAAGACGACACAGACUUUGUCCACAGGAUCCCCAAGGAGCAGUGGUGGCUGAAGCUCCGCCCCCUCAUGAAGAUCCUGGCCAAGUACCGGACCAGCUACGACGUGUCCGACUCGGGCCAGCUGGAGCACGUGGUGCGCAACCGGCCCAAGGAGUCGGACGCCUCCGUGGCCAUGUGAACCCAGAACCAACCAGCAUCACCAACCGGAACCACCUCCACCCCCCCCCCCCUCCUCCUCCUCGCACCCCCCCCACCCCCCCCUCGAGAGUGAUCGAGACCGGUCCAGUAUAAAAGAGAACCCGUAUCCGCUUGGUGGGGGAAGCCCCUCCCCCCAUCUGGUCUGUCUGUCUGUAUACCGUAGUGGCAGGAGAACGGCAGUCAUAAUCGGUCUCUGUUCACAGCCCUCACACACACACACACACACACACACACACACACACACACACACACACACACACACACACACACACACACACACACAGGCACACAGACACAGACACACAAACCCAUGCACUCUAUAUUUACUGGAGACUGUAAUCUAGCCUCCGCUGUGUUCCUCCUUUGCAGAAAAACCAAGGCACGUACACACGCAAACAUAGUGUGACACACACAUGAAAACACACACACGAACACACACACACACUGAUGACAGGCCCUCAUCCGCGUCUCCGUUGCCCUUGAUGUUUGUUGUCAUCGUUGUUAAAUUUGCACUUUUCUCCGUCUGGAAGCCCGGAUGGUGGCUCUGUUCCAGGAACCACUUGAAGCCAGUGUAGACUCUGUAUCUGCUGUAAACCCAGAGAAGCGCAUCCGCCUAGUGAAACGGAGAAACCCAGGGAGUAAAGUAAAGCCUAUUUAUGUGAGACUGAUGCAAUACAUUUCUACUGCUGCAAGCGGCAUGGCAAUGUUUGCUCUACCCCGGCGUUUUAAACGAUUUCCCUUUCUGGUUAGCAGCAUUGCUAAUUGUGUUUCGCCUGCAAAAAAAAAGAAACCUGGAUGUGAGAUAAUAUGAUUUUAUGCACUGCCGUACCGAGAGUAGGUGUCUCCUGUAUUGCACCAUUCAUUUUAAAUGUGUGAGAAAACUAAUGUUUGCCACGAAAUAAAAACCCUACACAAGCAAAAUA